CUCCCCCCAGGACCUAAAUCCCAGUGACUGACAGCUGAACGUCAGCGAGCGCCAAUCUCUUGUCAACUAGCGAGCUUGAGCCCCUUUCCCUUUUUACUACGACAAUGCCAAUGCUGCCGGGAUUUUGACCACAGCUAUGAGUUCUGCAGACGAAAUCCGCGAAACAAGCCUCCAGGGAAACGCAUCCAAGAAAGCUGAAGAAGCGGGGAUCACCAUCCUCCCCUCCUCUGAUGGCGCAUCAGGUAUUCCGUUUCCCCUAUAGCUGCUGGCCCUCCUUUCUAACGAUUCUAGUUGGUUUAACUCUCAGCCCAGUCAAUUCGGAAAGCGGAAGACCUCCCAUCUUCCAACACCUGUACGUUUGCAUUCAAGUUCUCCCUCAGGCCAUCCUGUUGUUGAUGGUGUUGGCUUGUACUAAUUGAUUGCACAGCUCUGCACCCACGUACCACAGCCCGAUUAGACACCACAAGCGACAAGCUUCACAACACCGAGGAGUCAAGGAGACUUUGAAUGCGAAAUCAGAAUACAGAAACAACGACGAAGAUGGCCAUGGAGAACAUCGAAUAAACCAGUACACAAUAAAAGAUGAGAUUGGUCGAGGCUCUUUUGGAGCGGUCCAUCUCGCGGUUGACCAGUAUGGAAAGGAAUAUGUGAGCAUGGGCUUCCGAUACUAGGAAUCGACUUGUAUUGAAACGAUCACUUUAGGCAGUCAAGGAAUUCUCCAAAUCACGGCUACGAAAACGAGCCCAGUCUAACAUCCUACGACGACCUCAUCAGCCGAGACGCCCUGGCCACCUGGCAGCUGGAUUGGGAUUCAAUGCUCCUUUGCACCGACAUUCCGCAUCGGAUCUCCACAUAGCGGAAGAAAAUGGAAAUCCCUUGUAUUUGAUCAAGGAAGAAAUUGCCAUAAUGAAGAAAUUGGACCAUCCAAAUCUUGUCUCGCUCAUAGAGGUUCUAGAUGACCCCGAAGAAGACUCGCUGUACAUGGUGCUAGAGAUGUGUAAGAAAGGUGUUGUGAUGAAAGUUGGUUUGGGUCAACAGUCGGAUCCUUAUGACUUGGAGAGCUGUCGAUGUUGGUUCCGAGACUUAAUACUUGGAAUCGAAUAUCGUGAGUUUGUUCUUCUGGUCAACUUUUGCAUCACUAACCUCUUCAAGUUCACGCACAAGGAAUUAUACAUCGAGAUAUCAAGCCAGACAAUCUUCUCCUGACGGAAGAUGACGUACUUAAAAUAGUCGACUUUGGAGUUUCUGAGAUGUUUGAAAAGGAAUCAGAGAUGCGAACAGCAAAGUCGGCCGGUUCACCUGCUUUCUUGCCUCCCGAGCUGUGUGUCACGAAGCAUGGUGAUGUUUCUGGCAAAGCUGCCGAUAUAUGGUCCAUGGGGGUUUCCCUCUAUUGUCUUCGAUUUGGGAAAAUACCCUUCGAACGAACUGGAGUCCUGGAACUCUACGAGGCUAUCAAAACCGAUGAACUAGUAGUAGAGCCAGAAGAUAGCCCAGACUUCUGUGAUCUUUUGAAAAGACUUUUGGAAAAGGAUCCGCGGAAAAGAAUUACUAUGAGUGGAAUACGUGUAAGUAUGGAAGGUACUAUAGGUAUUUGAAACACACUGAUACCUGCACAGGAACAUCCUUGGGUUACCAAAAAUGGUGCUGAUCCGCUCCUUUCAGCUGCUGAAAAUACGGCCGAUUUGAUAGAGCCACCGAGUGAGAUUGAGGUCAACCAUGCUAUUACAUCCAAGAUGAGGAAUCUAUUGACAAUGGUUUGUGCAGCCUGCAUCUUUUGGUUCCUGACUAAUCACAGAUCAGAUGAAAGCAGUAAAAAAGUUCAAGAGCUUGGUAGAAAAGCAUACCAAAGGUCCUAAUGUACUUUCCAAUGUUUUAGACAAGGGUCUACGGUCAAUUGAAGCAGCUACUAGUCGUCCGACAUGCCUCGCACAGAAGACAGACCUCGUUUUGCAGCGGUCGAAAAGUGACGAUCAUGACGACCGAGAUGCCAUCGAGUCUGCCCUUGCUUCUGAAGGCGUUCACCGUGAUAUCAAGCAAACGGGCCCGUUUAAAACCGAAGGUGGCAUCGAACCCGUGGUUGACUCUGAUCUCAAUUUGGCCUCAAAACGGCCAGUAUCAAGAUUUGACGGAGCUAGCUCUGAUGAGAUUUCCGGAGAGACUAUUACCGAGAUAUCUCGUGGCGAAUCCCCUGGAGAUAAAGGCCAUGCUCACUAUCCGUUAGAUGGUGAGCCCUUAUUUUUAGGCAUUGGUGCUGGAGAGGAUGUUGCUUUGGAGGCAUCAUCCGAAAACUUCAUAGCAGAGUCUCCCACAGCAGCGGAAUUUCCCAUUUACGUAACGGCAUACCAAGAAGAAGUUCAAAGAAUCCGCGAAGCUCAAGGCCAGACGGCGACGAUAUAUUCGACGAGGCGAGUCGACGACAAGAAAAAGCUCGGAGCGAGUGAGAGGGUGGCGAAGGUCCCUCAGCUGGCUAUGGGUCUGGGAUUACCAUCGGGUGCACUUAAAAGUAUCCUUGCCCAGAACAAGGAGGAUGGAGACGAGAAGGGGAAUAUCAAUCAGUCCUUUUCGGAUCUGGCAUCUAGAAUUGUGGAGAAUGGUAGAGAGAAAGGUAAGGAUUUGUUGCAGAAGGCGGGGGACAAGAAGGACGAGAUUCUGGAGAAAAGAGCGGAGACGAAAUACAAGUGAGUGGUGACUACUAACUAUGCUUGCUGGAUGGAGCUUUUUGGGCGAGUGAUGGAUGGAUGGAUGGAUGGGAUAUACCACUUUUUUUUGUCGUUUACUUUUUUAUGGAAAUGGUGGGAUGGAUUUGAAAUACCCUGCUGGGUUGCAGCUUAUACAGUAGAUGCUGGAAAGUAGUGGGUGAGUCAUUCGCUGCGAGGCUGCUGGAUGGUAAGGAACUUGAAAUUAUUAUGGUCUUUGAAUGCUUCGCUUGUGUCUUCAUGUGUUAUUAGCCACUUGUGAGUGGCUAAGCCUUUCGACCGGUUUAUCAAUACACGUCUUGUGU